AUUCUCGUCAACAUGUAUCAAGUGUAUUCGUGUAUAUGGCUGUUGCUUUCGGCCCAAAUCCUGGCUAUUCGUUUAUCCGUGGAUGUGCACGGCUACACCAAUUGUCCAGGCUAUCCGCCCGCGAUAGAUUUUUCCAAUCUGGACUUUAUCCUAAACAAUGAUGGUGACAUAAUAAUAAACGGGAGCUUCACCGUGCUCAAGGACGUGACGGAUCCUUUACCGAUGUAUCUCUACUCGAAACGGUUCGAACGAGGCGAAUGGCGAGAAGGCUUCGGUAGCAGACACGUGGAGAAUUUUUGUCAAACUUUGAAUACGAAAACCGAAAUUUGGUACCCUGUUAUGAAGUACCUUCGUAAGCAGAGCUGUCCGUUUCCGAAGGGGUACGUGGCCAAGUUUGACAACUUCAAGUACGGAUCGUUGCCUCUUAUCAUUCCGCCAAACUUCAUCGGAGAAUGGGCAAUCUACAUGGAGCAUCGUGACGUUACAAAGCAGAAGGAGCCCCUGGAUUGUGCAAUGCAGUAUUUGACUGUGUAUGAAGUAUAGACAACUCUCAUUUCGUUGG